CCAGUCGCUUCGAAGAAAUUAAAUCAGUGGAUGAGACCUGGCGCUAAAGGGAAGAACUCUUGUGUAAACUGAAGGCAUAUCUAGAUCGACUUAUGCUGCUAUACCUCUAUCUGAUGAACGUACAGAAAUUCCAAGUUGUGAUGUGACACACUGUUUGAAUGACCACAUUGUCUUCACGUGAUUCUCAACAUGGCAGGGGUUGCCCUCCCCAGGAGCUGCGACUGGUGUUGGUGGGGAAGACUUCUGCUGAUGAUUUCUGCUGUAACUCCAUACUGCCACCAAAAUUCUCAACAUGGCAGGGGUUGCCCUCCCCACCUGCGGCUGGUGUUGGUGGGGAAGACAGGGGCAGGGAAGAGCGCGACAGGCAACACAAUUCUGGGUGAGGAGCGGUUCAAAUCGGAGCUGUGUAUGAGCUCAGUGACUGGGGUCUCUGAGAAGGCUCAGGGAACGGUGCUGGGGCGGAGAGUGACACUGGUGGACACGCCCGGCCUGUUCGACACCUCACUCUCCCAGCAGGACGUGCAGUUUGAAAUCCUGCGGUGUUUGGCCAUGUCCGCUCCGGGACCGCACGCCAUACUCCUGGUGAUGCAGAUCGGUCGCUACACCGAGGAAGAGCAGCGCAGCGUGGAGAUCAUCCAGACCAUCUUCCAGAGCGAUGCUGCCCAAUACACCAUCCUCAUCUUCACCCAUGCCGACAGGCUGAAGGGAAUCUCUUUCCAGAACUUCAUCUCCAAGCAAGGCAAAAUAAUUCAGGGCCUGGUGGAGCGAUUUGACCGGAGGGUCCUGCCCUUCAACAAUGAGGACAGGGAGGAUCAUGGCCAGGUGGCCGACCUGCUGGAGAUGAUCGACCGCAUGCUUGCACAGAGAGAGAAACCCUAUUUCACUAACCCGGCCUUCCAGAAAAUGGACCAGGCCCUUGCAGUCUUCCAGCAUGAACAUCUGGAGGGAAAACAGGAAGAAAUAGAAAGGGAGAAGAAGCGUGCUGCUGAAAAGUUUGAAGUGUUUUGGGCAGUCUUCUCCAACCAGAUGAACAAGGAGAAACAGGAGUCUGAGCUGGAGAAGAGACGUAUCGAGCAGAACAUAAAGACACUGAGUACAAGGAAGGCUGAAGUGGAGCAACAGCUUGAGGUGGAGACCAAGAAGCUAAAACAGUUGGAACAGGUGGAGGAGGCCAGGAGACAGAAAGAAAAUGAGUACAGGAAGAUUAUCGAUUCUGAAAUCAAACGGGUGGAGAAAGAGAUUGAUGACAGAUAUUCUGAGAGUGCACGGGAGGAAGCAGAGGGCUCCUAUGACUUCCUCCGCAAAAAUGCGUGGCUGAUUCUGGGAGGGGCUGCACUCAUGGCAACUGGGGUGGGAUUUGUGGCAGGAGCCACAGUGAUGGCUGCUGGAGGGCUUACUGCUGCAGCCACAGCAGCUGCUGCCUUGGCUGCAGAGAUCGGACCAGCAGCAGUAGUUGUGGCUGCAAAUGUGGGCCCUCUCCUUGCAGCACAGUGCUCAAUUCAGUGA